UCAUCUGUGUUUCGAAACCCCGUGGGAAUUUUUGACCUAGAAAUAAAAUUUGUGUGGGAGAUUUUUUUUUCCUUCUUUCGAAGAGCUGCACAAUGUCUCGCAUCCGACGCAUUGUGUGCAUUUUGACGCGAUCCUCAUCAUCGUGUUGCAUCAGAGAAGGCAUCGUUUAGAUCUAUUUUAAAAUGAAUGAAUAGCUGGUGGGAAAAAGUGAGUAAUUCACCACACCUGAGAGGUGGAAGGACUGAGAGACUAGGGGUUAGAGAGAGAGAGAGAGACUUCACAGCAGUCACAGGAAGCAGAUGUGUUUCGUGGAGAGGAGAUGGAAGGAUGUCCGUGUGGGGGAUUUUGUGAGAGUGCUCUCUAACCAGAUCAUCCCAGCUGACACCCUGCUCCUGCACACAUCCGACUCUAAUGGAGUGUGUCACAUGGAAACAGCCAAUCAGGACGGAGAGACCAGCCUCAAACAGAGGAAGCUGGUGCCAGACUUUUCUGCUGGCCAUGCGAUCUGGUUGGAAACUUUUCCCAGCAUGCCCUCAUACAUCGUCCCUGACAGUAAUGUCAAUUACACUCCUUCAGUCCUCGUGGGAUUUUACAUGUUCUCCACCACGAUCAUCUUACUACAGCUGCUGGUUUGGUGGUCAUCAGUGGAGCAAAUGAAGAGGACGAGGUCAUCAUCUACCAGCAGACAAAGCUUCCUCCCCACCCUCUGGAAGAAUUACAGGACGUCCACACAGGGGACAAAAAUCACGCCAACACUCAAGUCACAGCUGCCAGUCGGCGCAGAUCAAAAGUGGCAGCAAGAGCCCAAAGUGACAUGGCCUUCAGCAGUCCUCUGUUUACCAGGUACACCUUGCAUGUCCUGAGGGGAACGCUGGCACCCUCCCCUCACCUCCGCGUGCAGGGAGCAGAGGAUCAGAGAGUGGCGUGGUCCCAGAGACACGUGUAUGUCUCCGUCUGUCAGAUCCCGGGAAUACACUACAGCUCCUCUUCCUGCCCCAGUGCAUGAAGCACACACACAGCACAGCACACUUCCUCAUGCACCGAGACAAAUAUGCCGCAAAGCUUUAAUUUUUCAACACACACACACAAAAAAAUUGGCAACUGAAACCCAUAUUUAUGUUUUGCACACAUGGGCGCCGGUUUAUGCAGGGAAUAAUCUGAAAGCCGUGCAUUUUAAUUCUGUCUUAAACUGACUUCACGGGUCUCCUGCUGCCUCUUUGGCUGUUAUGAACCCAGGUUUACACAGUCCAUGCUCGAUCAAUACAUGCGUGUAAUUUGAAUGUAAUCUGCUCGGUGGAUGCAGCUGAGCCUUUUCCCUUCUGUGAAACUACUUCCUGUUGUCAUGUGGACCACAUUUGUAUGCACUUGCGCUUUGAGCUGCUCAUGCAAUAAUUGGGGUUUGCAGAUGUUACAUAAUAUCUCGGUUCAUAUAUUCAGAGCUUGUUGUGCAUGCUGACAGAAACACAAGCGCCACAGUGAGAUUAAGGAGGCUGGAUCUUCUUCUAUUUAUUAAUUCCUAUAAAUGCAUUGGCUCAUGACGCUUGUUGAUGUCUGUGCGUGUAACACGCUCAGGCGGAUCACACAGUCCUGCGCCGUUAUUUGAAUAUUUAAUUGCCCUGCUGACGUCUGACUGACGUUCUUCACUCAUGAUGCGGUCAGUGAUGACCUCACGCUCAGACGGAUCAUAGCUAGUUUCAGCGUCCUUCCAGCAUGUGUGCAACACACACCACGGUCGAGGCUCAGUAUGAAAAAGAGUGUCUUGUGUUGAUUCUAUUUGCAGAACCCAAGGCGCUUUUAUGUAACCAUGUCAGGUGGGUUUCUGAUGGGAUGCUUCUGCGAUCUAGUGGUGCUCUGAUGAACUGCAAACACAACCAUCCAUUUAGAGAGAGAGAGAGAGAGAGAAGACACAAGAUGGUUGUUGUAUGAAUGUCAGAGCAACAGAUGCUUUAUUAAACCCACAUGACAGUGUUUUCAGACAGACACUUACUGUAAGACAUCUUUAUGGGCAGAUACUGCAGAUUUGAAAUGAAAUUCAACUGUUGCAUUAAUGCAUUUAAAAAAAGUUUAAUAUAUGCAUUGCAAAUUAGGGAUUAUUGUAUUAUUUAAUAAGUAGAUUUAUAUAUUAAAGUGAUAUAGGCCCCCAAAUAAUAAUGUCACUUCUGAAUCAAAAGCUUAUUUAAAAUACAUAAAAAAAAACUGUAAACGUGUUUGUAAUGACAUGUAUGUAAAUGAAAAUAUUUUUAAGAAAAAAAAAGGCCAAUAAUAGGGCAAAGUAAACCUCUUUUAAAAAGACAAUUGCCAUUAGAUGCAAUAUUUAAAAGCUUGGUUUUCUACGUCUUUUCUGAAACGUGAAAG